AUGCCUACGCUCGGCAUCCUCAACCUCAAGAACAACGAAGGUAGUGCUGAUACCAAGCAUGACUUUGCGCUUCUCUUUGCCGCAUCUGGAGAUCCUCGAAACGUUAUGAAGACCAUUGCCAGUCUUCCAGCAGACUACAAGGGCAAGCGCGAUGUCAUCAUCAAUAAUAUAGACUUCGAUGUCGUUGCUAGGAACACAACCAUGCUACUUGUCACACUCUAUUACGAAGUAGACACAGUAGUGCCGAUGAUCAUACACAUCUGGUACUCCGCAUUGGUGGCGUCUGCGAUGGUGCAGUCUCUGCGGUCUGACAUUCUUCCUAUGAUCGAAGAUGUUAAUGUGAAGUUUCGCAGGUCCGGGUUUUUGCUACCAUACGGAUGCUCUAUCGCUGCUUUCGACACACCGAACCCGCGAUUUGAUCAUAUCGAGAUCUCCAACGCAUGCGACCUUCGCUACUUUGGAACCCAUGCUUCACUCGGAGUGUUCGCGCCACUCUUGAAAAGCCAGAACGAGAACCCAAAAGCGACGUUACUGAUGGCUUUCGCCCUCUUUGCGCGCGAGAAAUGGAUAUAUGGCAGCGACCAAACCAGGGAAUCGAUCAUAUCGGCGGCCACCACAGGCGUGGAGAAGUAUGUUCGCCCCACGAAUUCGAAGCCACCUAAACUUUCAGAUAAGCAACUUGAUCGUGAACGCCGCUCAAUGUGCACGGGUCUCUUCACGGACUGA